CCAAUCAAAAAGAACAGAACACACAUACUUCCUCCAUGUCCGCCAUCUCCCUCCCCUCCCAAAGUCGCACUCGCAGCUCUCUAGCCGGAGCCUUCAGCGUGCGAAGUUCGUUUGUCUCAUGAUCUCCUUCUCUGGACGGGAAACAUUCAGAAACACAACCUUCCGAUGCUGCUCAAAAGCCGCUCUAGCCGAUUCGCCUUGCUCUGCCUCCACCCUCCUCCAUUUCAUUCAGCUCUGCGCCGAGGAUCGAUCUCUGAGACUGACCCGACAGUCCCACGCGCGAGUCCUCGUCAAUGGCUUCGCUCGGAACACUUACCUGGGAACCAAGCUCAUGUCCGCAUACGCCGCCUGCAGGAGCGUGCGGGAUUCAAGAUUGGUUUUUGACUCGUUUGAGGACAAGAACGUUUACUUAUGGAACACGCUGAUUAAUGGGUAUGCGAAGAGUCGUGCGUAUGAGGUUGCUUUCGAGCUGUUUGAUCAAAUGUGUCUGGGGAACGUGGUUCCUGACGAUUACACGCUCGCGACAUUGUCGAAAGCUGCGGGCGAGUGUGGGGACUUGGCUGCUGGGAAAGUCGUUCAUGCGAAGAGCGCGAGGAUUGGGUUUGUCUCGGAUGUUGUUGUCGCCAAUUCCCUAAUGUCGAUGUACUGUAAAUGUGGAGAAUUGGAUGAAGCAAAGAAACUGUUCGAUGAAAUGCCCGAUAGAAGCAUUGCUUCUUGGAAUGUUCUGAUAACAGGGUAUGCGAGCUUAAAUGAUGAUAAUAAGGGUACGGAAGUAUGGGACGUUGUACAAAACAUGCUGAACAUCGGCUUAAAACCAGAUGCGUUCACGGUGUCGAGUCUUUUGCCUUUGUGCAUUGGUGAUUCUGAGAAAUAUAAUCAUGGGAAGGAGCUUCAUGGUUAUAUGUUGAGGAAUGAGUUGGAGCUUCUUCCGGAUGCAGAUGUUCACUUGGGUUGUUGCUUGAUAGACAUGUACUCCAAGAAUAACAAGGCGGAUGCUGGGAGAAGGGUAUUUGAACGUGUGAAGUCUAAAAAUGUAUUUUCUUGGACAGCAAUGAUCAAUGGUUAUGUUAUAUUUGGAGAUUCAGAGGGAGCCCUCUCUCUUUUUAGGGAAAUGAUGGUCAUGCAUGAUAUAGAACCCAAUGACAUAUCUCUGGUAAGCAUUCUGCCUGCUUGUGUAACGCGUGCUGGUUUAUCAGCUGUGAGAGAGAUUCACAGUUUUGCCAUCAGAAAGAAAAUAGAUCACGGUGUCUCAUUUUCUAAUGCUUUAAUAGAUGCAUACUGCAAGUCGGGGGGCUUAAUUUCUGCAAGGAGAAUAUUUGAUGCUGCUUCUUUUAAGGAUGCUGUCUCUUGGAGUUCCAUGAUUUCUGGAUAUGGACUUCAUGGGAAGGGUGAGGAAGCCGUGCUUCUGUACAAUGAGAUGCUACAUUUACGAAUCAAGCCUGACAUGAUAACGGUAGUAGGGGUUCUUGCUGCCUGUGGUCGAUCAGGAAUGGUCAGCGAAGGCCUUAACAUAUAUAGCUCAGCAAUAAAUGAUUAUGGGAUUGAACCAACAGUGGAGAUCUGCGCUUGUGUUGUUGACAUAUUAGGUCGGUCAAACCAGCUUGACCGAGCACUACAGUUUAUAGGCAAUAUGCAUGUGGAAGCUGGUCCGAGUGUUUGGGGGGCUCUUGUCAAUGCUUCUGUAAUGCAUGGGAACCAUGAGAUGAGAGACUUGGCUUAUAGCUUCCUUGUUCGUAUGGAACCUGAGAACCCUUCAAAUUAUGUAUUCCUAUCUAAUCUAUACGCUUCCUCAAGAAAGUGGGAUGUGGUAGCUGGAGUGAGGAAAAUGAUGCACGAAAAGGGUUUCAGGAAGGAACCUGGAUGCAGUUGGAUUGUUAUUAAUGGUAGGACUAAUUGCUUCUAUGUCGCUGAUAAGGUACAUUCUGCUUCUCAUUCCAUCUAUGAGAUGCUGGAUAGCCUUUUGGUGGUAAUGAAAGGAAUUGUUAGUUAUGCUGACAACGAGAAUCAGAUAUAGAUCUUUCAGCAUUUCGUAGUUAAUGAUCUAUGCUGAAGGGAUUCUCAGCUGAAAAGAAGUCCAUACUACAAAAGGGACUUUUGAUGUGAGGUAUGGUUUAAGGUUCUUAUAUCUGUAACCUUCUGGUUCUUUUGGAGCCAAUUAUACGGUUUUAAGACCGCUAUAUAUUCUUUGUCACAAUGUGACACAGCUGUGGUUGAAAUUAAUUAUCGUGAAAAGAAUGCCAGCUCAAUACUGCUAUCUUGGACAGGAUAAAUCUUCUCCAUCUACUCGAGAAGUGGCCUGGAGGAAAGAGUGAAGCCAUCAAAGGUCUGAUUAUUUGUACUUCUAGAAGGGAGUUCGAUGACGAUAACUGUAUCUUCUCUGAGACUUAUCUUUCUUCUAAGCUACAGCGUUCAACCUCCGCGACCACCUCCUGCAUGCUGGAUUGUUUUGCUGAGGAAUAGUGGGUGCAUAAUAGAGCCAGUUUGAUCAUCUCUUCCGCCUCAUUCUCGCCAUGGUCUCCCUGCGUACUGGGAUCAAUGAGUUUUUAUAACUGUUUAUAAUAAAGCAACUGACCAUCCUGAUGAAUGAUGCGAUGUUGAUUCCUUUCAUAAGCUGCCAAAGAUCAAUAAAGCUGCAACCACGGAUGAUUUGAAGGACCAUGAUCCCAUAUGCAUGCACAUCAUUCUUGACCGGGCACACCUUGUGGAGGUACUCUGUAGCAAUAUGGCCUGGUGUACUGAACUAAUUCAAUCAAAGUCAAUACCUUCAGAACAACUUUCUGCUACGACAUUGUCCAGUGGACGACGGUGUCCCAAUCCUGCCUCGUUGGACCGAAUUCAAUGUAUGACGGUGAAUUUUGCCAAAACAGUGUUAUGUGCUUCCAGGUGCUCCAAUUGAGAGGAGGCUGCGAUUAGGGCGAUUCCGUAAAUGAGAAGCCUCACUUCCGUGGACUAUUAAUGGGUAUACAAGCCAAGGUUCCUGCUGUUAAGUUGCCAUGCCAGAGCCAGUAACUUGAAGCAGAUUCCGAUACACGGCCACUUCGCUGACCUGUAGCUCUGCUCGGAGUUGUGGCAAACCAUGCUUUGAGAUCUGCUUUUUAUUGGCACUAAAGACCCAUCACACAGGCAUCCGUUGUUGACCCAUACAAUAUACACCUUAACUAAGGUUUGCUCUCAUUGAAAUUUCCGGGUGCUACUAGCAGUUCCUGGUAAGUAAAGCUCCUAAAAUUUCUCUGUUGCUAUCCCAUAAUGAAGUCUUCAGACACAUUCGCAUCCUAGGAUUUCUUCGGUCUCCAGUACGAAAUGUUGAACACUGGGGUUGUGAACCCCGAGAGGAGAACCGACUGCAGCUCGACCAGCAAUUGCUCUAGUGACGGCGUUGCCGAAUGGCAAACAAACCAAAAGUUCCAACCUCAUACUGUUAAUUUACCUGAGGCUCUACUUGGUCUCGUCAAUUUGCACACAGGAGUGCAAGAUUUGAGUACAGGGAUAAAGCAAUGUUUUGAAGUUCACCCACAAGAUGCAUCUCUCCCUCUUACACAGGCGACGUUGUCCGCGCUUGAUUUGAGGGUUUUAACAACCCACCCUCUCACUGACCCUUAGAUCAAGGGUCGAUAAGACAGCAUGUGUAAAGUUUUCUUACACUGGCGGUUUACAUAGGCGGUGUAUGCUCUAAUUUUCCAUUUUCCAACGGCUAGCCUAUGAUCGCAUCCAUAAUACGACAGUACUUAUAUUCUCGGCCUUCAUUUAAUAUUUCGUCUAGUUCUUGAGAACUUCUUUACAUGAGUUAUGUAUACUAUAUUUCGUUGUGUAAUGAUAAGCUGGCAAAUUAUUUGUCUUAA